AUGCCCGUUGGGUGCGAGCCCUGCCUGCUCCCAGCCGAGGAGAGGAGGAGGCGCAUGAGCAGGACGCAGAAGGACGUCGUGAACCAGAUACGGACGCAGGCCGGAGAGAAGAACCCUUCGUCGAGCUCCCGGAAGAAGCCAGAGCCGCACACACCUGCGGACAUCACGCUGGCGAGCGUCAUCUCCGCCAUGCAAGCGCGCACAGGAAUCAGGACCCCCUUGGAGCCGGCAGAACUGAAAGCUCUUGGGGAGCCUCUCAAGACUGCGAUGGCCACGUACAAGAAGGCACAGGUCUUGUGCAGCAGGGCACCGGGCUACGAGACAUUGUCGCACCGACCGUCAUUGGUGCUCUUCCAGGACGACCUCGUCCCGGAAGUACACGCGGUCGGCUCGUGCGUGGAGCCGGACCCGAUCCGGCAGGUUGAGCACGACAUGUCGGCGCUGAUGGCCACGGCGGAGCUGGCGCAGAGGCAGCUGCUGCAGAAGCUCCAGCUCGACGGGCUCGAGGACGCAGAGGAGUUUCCGCUGGGAGUGAUCGAAGCACAGUCGAUGGCGGUCCCAAUGGCGCAGUUCAUCUACAACCCAGGGCCCAAGAAGCAGGAGAGAGCAGAGACGAAAGCGUUCGUGCGUUAUGCACCCAGCGCUGGGCAGAAGCAGUACCAGCACCUGCUGGACUUAGCAAGGGCGACGCUGGUCUUCGAAAACUGCGAGACGCUCAUGGCGGGCCUUCAGGCGAUGUUGGAAUCCGACCUUUAUGACAUCCUCGAGGUCAGGAACCACUUCACCACGCCGCUGCGCACCGGGCGCCGAUAUGUCGACGUGCUUGUCACGGUCGAUGUGCCCCUCCCGCACGUGUGCGAGCUGAGAUUUGAGGAUGGCGAUCCUGCUGCCACCUUCCGCGCGCAGCAGCACCUCGAGGAGUUCUUGGAUGCCUUGUGCACGAUCUACAGCAAGAGGUCUUCUGUGCGACCAGAUUAUCUCCAUUAUCUGGCAGAAUCGGUGUUGGCAUCGGCGCCGGACCCGGGCAGCCUGCGGAAGUUCCGCUGCUUCUUCGCGAAGAGCUUCGGGACAUCGGUGUGUGGCUGGAGGUCGAAGUUCGGCUCGUGCGGCCGCAACUUGCAGUUCCAAGCCUUCCGCCAGGCGUGUUGCGCGCUGAAGCACCGAGAGCACACCACGGGCUACUGGAUGGCGAUGGACGCCGGCCGGGCCAACACGGUGUCGCUGUUCGAGCUGGACCCGGAGGCCGUGGUGCUCCUGACCAGGGUGCGCAGCCGGCUUCUGACGCUCGUCGACAGCAGGGUGCCCGAGGUGGUCAGAGCCGACGCCAUCUAUGUCAAGCUCAAAGAGCGGAGUCCUCCAUCGGCGCCGCUCGGGCUGAACGAGUUCCGCGCGGGAGCGAAGCCCCUCGGCGUCAGCCCCGCGGAGGCGGAUCGCGCCUUCGCCUACCUCGACGCCAAGGGGGGGGGGCCCAUGGCGUCGCUCACAGUUGCAGACAUCAACUGGCUACUCAACCUGCCAUCGAUGGUGUACUUGGAGGCGGCAUGCCUGGGGCAGACGGACUUCGCGGUCGACGAGAGGCUGAGCUCGCCGCCGCAGCGACCCCGAGCGCAGCAGGGUCUGCGGCCCGAGGCGAGCGCCGCCGGGUGUGCCCCUGCUGGCGCUGGCGCGGGCGUUGCCGCGGCUGGCCUUGCCAGUGCUGGGCUUGCUGGCGCCGGCGCCCUGUCGUGCCAGGAGGAUGCAGAGGAAGCCGCCCACGAAGACGAGGGAGGAGAGCAGGAGUACGCCGCCGACAAGGGCGAGCCGCAAGAGGAGGAGCAGGAAGAGGCAGCCGUUGACCAGGGCGAGGCACAAGAGGAGGAGCAGGAGGAAGGGGAUGACGCCGCCGACAAGGGCGAGGCGCAGGAGGAGGCGCAGGAGGCAGCAGAGGAGGACGAGGACGAGGAGGAGGGCGAGGAGGUGGAGGAGGAGAGCGGCGAGGAGGAGGCCGAGGAGGCCGACGGGCACGCCGCCGCGGACGCAGGUGAAGAUGAAGAAGAAUGUACUUUUUAGGCCCCGUCCGUUCAGAGCCACAGCCUGAGGCACCCGCUUGUUUCCCAUUGCUCGCCGCUUCAAGACACCAUGUCUCUCUAGCUGCACCGCGUGCUCUGUGUGCUCUUGUCUUUCUGCAUCGGAGCCGAGAUGUGCUGUAGGAUCGUUCGCUCGCGUCGGCCUGUGCUAAUGAGUUGAUAUGUUCCGGCCGCGGGAUUUACCCGAGCUGGAGGAUCGCGGUGCUCUGUUCGUAGUCACAGUUGGCUACCCAGCUGGCCGCAAUAUAUCCUUAAAUUUCCUCAUUCUCCGUGCAUCCCUCCACUGUUCGGUCUGCGUGGAGUGUCACGCAUGUGAUCUCCGCAAAAGUCCGCUGUUUGCCGCUGUAGCGCGCUUGCUUUCCAAUCAAGCUUUCGAAGGCCGCACGCUGCCUGCCGUCUUUCAUGCUGAUUGCUUUGCGUCCCUGAUGUAACAAGGCACCAGGGAGCGCAAUCCAGCAACGGCAGAGGCACGUUUGCAAGGGGACGUCCCUGCAUGGUUAUCUGGACCAAGUCCUGGCUUGCGAUGGCGGCAGCGUGCAGUUGACAUGCACUGGUGUUGCUAGAACGGAUGCUUCUGCGGACCGGCCCGGCGCCUGGCAGCUCCCGCGGCUCCUCUCUCUGUGGCGCUCCGACCUGCGGCGGCCCCGGGUGCCCUGCCCGCCCUCUUCGGCUGCAGCUGAAGCUCAGGAGGGG